CUGCUCCUUCUGCUGGUCUCUGCUGGCUUACCCAGGCGUCUGGGUUCAGUGAGGUGGUCUGGCCUCUAAGGGUUGGCUAGCUGUCGGCUUGACGCAAUGGGGCACCUGCUCUCAUCAUCUGAAAGUCUCAUCGAGGUUUGUUCAUGUGUGGCAGAUGGGUUCCAAGUGCAGCCAGAGGGCAAACUCCAAUGCAUAAGUGCUUUACAUGUGUCCGCCUGCAUCACAAUGGCUACUGUUCAAUGAGCCAAAACAAUCACAUGGUUGGUCCCAGAGUCCAUGUGGGAGGCCAUUACCAAAGUGUGUGGAAUCGACGAAGGGGCAGAUCUGUGGCCAUUUUUGUCAUCUACCCCACAUCAUAAUUGGCAAGGGAGCCUGUCAGCUCUACCACAGAGAACAGUAGAUCAUCGUGUGGAAACUUCCUAACAGUAAUAGUGAUUAAAGAAAUGCACAUUAACGUUGGCUUCUAGCCUUUAUUUUGUAGAGGAGGAGACUGAGGCCCAAAGCUUUGUUAAGAUGGUGCAGAAGAUGACUUCCCAGCCUGCUGACCAAACAAGGUCUUUGAUACCAAGUCCAGUGAUAAAGGGCAAACCUGGGUUCGAACUCAACUCCAGCAUUUUCUAGCGGUAUCACUUGUAUAAUAUCACUAAGCCUCAGUUUCAUCUCUAUAAACUUGGAAAAAUAAUACUUACUACAUAGAUUAUGAAGAUCAAAUGAAAUCAUGUGAAAAUACUCUGCGAGUGUCCUGGUACCUGCUCAGUUCAUGCCUCCACCUUCCCUUUUCUAUGAUGUAAUCUUAUACAACCAGCAACAAAGGAAAGCAAAACAAGAAAAACUCGAAACAAAACACAGAAGCAAAAUAAAUAGUUAAGCCAUAGGGGCCAAGAAGAAACUGCUAUGUUUGUAUACAACCAGUGACUGUUUAUACAGUUAUUAAUUCAUUAAUUAUUGAGUGCCCUUUCUGGGCCUGGGCCCAUGCUAGACAAUGGAAAUACAUCCCCUGCCCUCAUGGAUAAGUCUAACGGCAGAGAUGGACAAUAACCAAAACAUCACAUCAAGAUGCUUGAUCCAUUGACCUGCAGGAGAAGCCUAGGAUUUUCUAGUUCUCUCUGCUGAAGAAUGAAGCCUCUCCUUGGGACCCUUUACCUCUUGGGGAUCCUGGUUCCUGAGGGGCUGGGAUAUAAUGGUCCUCCCUGGCUGUUUCAGAUCUAUCAGUGAAUGAUUCAGAUAAGUGAGAAGUACACAGGAGUGGUGACACAGCAUUUCCUCAGAAUGACCUAUGAGAUCCGGUCCAUGUAUUAUUUGAAGAUCAGCCAACCAUCCAAUAACCCCAAGAAGAUCAUCUGGAUGGACUGUGGAAUUCAUGCCAGGGAAUGGAUUGCCCCAGCUUCUUGUCAAUGGUUUGUGAAAGAAAUUCUACAAAACUAUAAAGAUAACCCAAGGAUAGGAAGGUUCCUUAGAAACCUGGACGUCUACGUGCUUCCCGUUCUUAAUGUAGAUGGUUAUAUCUAUACUUGGACAACGGAUCGGCUUUGGAGGAAAUCCCAUUCAUACCAUAAUAAUGGCACAUGUUUUGGGACAGAUCUCAAUCAAAAUUUCAAUGUGGCCUGGUGUAGUAACUGUCACGAUUUAACAUUCUGUGGGACAGGACCAGCCUCGGAGCCAGAGACUAAGGCUGUUUCCAGCUUUGUAGAGAGCAAGAAGGAAAGCAUUGUGUGCUUCCUGACCAUGCACUCUUAGGGGCAGCUCAUUCUCACGCCUUAUGGCUACACUAAAAAUAAGUCCAGUAACCAUGAGGAACUGAUCCAAGUUGGACAGAAGGCAGCAAAUGCAUUGAAAAAAAAGCAUGGAACCAAUUAUAGAGUUGGAUCGAGUGCAGAUAUUUUAUAUACCACAUCAGGGUCUUCAAGAGACUGGGCUCGGGACAUUGGGAUUCCCUUCUCAUACACGUUUGAGCUGUGGGAAAAUGGUACAUAUGGAUUUGUUCUGCCAGCUGCGCAGAUUCAGGCCACCUGUGAGGAGACCAUGGAGGCUGUGCUCUCGGUCCUGGAUGAUGUCUGUGAGAAAUACUGGGACUCAGAAGGUGCUGGAAAGGUGACACCUACUGCUGUGGUGCUGGGCCUGCUGGUCUCCUUCAUGUCUGUUCUCUGAGUCUAUCCUACCCAGGUCUGCUCAGCCCCAGUCAUGAGAAUGUGGCUGCAGGGAAGGUGUUUGUCUGAAAAAAGAGGAAUCAAAUAAUUUAAAGAUACUUUCCACUUCAAUAAAGAGGAAUCAUGUUUGUAUUUUCAGGUACAACAGACCAAAGCUGAAAGUGGACUUACUGAUUCAUGGAAGCCAGAAGG